ACCCACGGACAUUUAUCGGCUCACCGUAUCCGUAGCUCGCAGUGUUUAAUAAACAGCUAAAUUGGGUAAACAAUUUUAAACAGUAAGAAUUUCCUAAAUUAAUUCAACAAACGCUAUGGAACUUCUAAUUUAUGUUGUCUCAAUCAUCUACAUAGUUUUAAAUAUCACGAGACAUGAGGCUGUCGCUAGCAAAGGCGUUGAUUUACUUUUAGACAGAUUAUACAGAAGUGAUGAAAAACGUCCAAAGCAGACCCAAUUAAAUUAUAAUAAUAAUCUAUACGAAAAAGAAAGCACCGAGAAAGACAAAGCCGAAUUUCCAAUUUUCUUAAGAAGAAGAAAUAAGAAGAAGCAUCAUGGCAACAACAAUAACGACCUACAACCAAAAAGUUCUAGAAAGAACGAGAAAAGAAAAAAAUUAAAUAAAAAACGUAAACCAAAAGCCAAAUACAACAAGAAAUUCAUAAAAACAACUUUAAAAGACAUCGACAGGGAUUCCAAUAUGUCCGGUUCGAAAGACAGCGAUAACAAAAACAAACCCGUCGACAUUAUUGUUCAUAUUAAAAUGAACGAAUAAUAUUUCAAAAUUGUUUCUCUACUUCAUUUAUAUAUAAUUUAAUUGAUAAUGUUUUAUAGACGUUUACCCCAAAAACUUUUUGACAACUGACAUAACCAGAUAAUAAUUCAAAUAAAGUAA